AUGUCGAAACCUUUUAUGUUUUCUGCUUUUAACGUUACUAACCAAGUAUUUUAUCAAGCAAAACAUUCCUUUGCAAUUGUCAAUCUCAAACCAAUUUUGCCAGGACACGUUUUAGUAAUUCCCCGAAGGAUUGGUGAUCUAUUUGAAAGUGUUGCAAAAGUGCAAUCUGUUCUUGAAAAGAUCUACACUGCAACUGCUUCCAACAUUGGCAUUCAGGAUGGACAAGAUGCUGGACAGACUGUUCCUCAUCUUCAUGUGCAUCUAAUCCCUCGCAAGAAACUCGAUUUUAAUGAAAAUGACGAAGUAUAUCAACAUCUAGAGAAGGCAGAGGCCAACCUUGAAUCGUUACAAGCUACAGGAAAAGAAGCCAUCACAGGAGAUCAAGUCCCUCCUACAUCUAUGAAGAAGAGCAUCCCGAGAGAUGAGGACCGUCAACCUCGCACACCUGAGGUUAUGCAAGAAGAAGCAACCUGGUUACGUUCUUACUUCGAACAAAAUCAAUAA